CUCUACUCUCACUGGCGUGACGUGUUUGAACAUGUUCGAAGUACAGCGAAAAAACAUGAUGCAGGUCAGAAAUCAGAAUACCAGUAACGGUAUGUGAGAUCACGGGUCGGAAAUUCAUCGGGAACAGACAGAUUCCGAUCCAUGUGCUUGGUGCGCUACGGUUGAUAUGUACCUCGAUGAACGUCUACUGGAUGGUGCAUAGCUCAUUGUAGUUUUCAGUGAGGCCCUGAAAGGCGGUGCCUUAUCAUAUUGUCGCGGAUUUCACAAGUAAGUGUCACAUGGAGGCAUUUGCGACUUAUUUCUCGCUCGUUAUGCAAAAUUCUUGCUGCGACGCUUAUCAAUUUAAGCAAUGGUAAGCCACAAAAGCGUGAAUGCAGCAUACGCAAGUCGUGUAAUAACGUCUGCUACCUCGAUAGAAGAUCUGAGCCACGAAGAAAUCGUCACAUCUUACGUUCUGGCUCAUGUUGCCCAGUUUGACUGUCGACUUCAUCACCUGGCAUUUACUAGCGGAAAUACAACACGUAACAAGCUAUUGCAAGAAAUUAAGGCAAGUGCAAAUCUCAAGUGAAACUUCGAUCGCAAUAAUGGAUCUGUCAUGACGAGUGGGUAGUUCCGACACGAAUCGUUUUUAAGCCAAUGACUACUGCUAGAGUUACAUGGCACUAGUGCAGUAAACCAGGACAUGAGACUGUGAAUUGUCACUGAAAUUUUAGAAUCUACUCGAUUCAAUACCAAUAACACUACACGUUCGAUGACUUCGGGCUCCAGCAAGCAAGCAAACAAGAAAGCAAGCAAGUUUCCGUGGAGAAGAAAAAUUGACACAUCUGAAGUCGUCGUGACCUGUAAGAUAAGACGUCCGGUGCGUUCGUGUCUGGCGAUGCGGCGGUGUUCGGGUUCCGCUGGCAGAUGCAGGUUUUUCCGGUGAAGUGCGUGCUUGUGCGUGCUUGACAAGUGUUCGCGGUUGGCUUCCUCAGUGUGGGAGUAACAUCGUGUAGGAGAGGUGGAACCCGUAAAAUUGUAGAUUGCGUGGCGGCUGGUAAGAUUUGUUGCGGUAAGAAGUUUGCAUGGUGGUAAAAUGUCUUGUGAGUCUGCACAGGUAGCCGGAGGUGAGACUUCCGCGGUCGCGGCCCACCCAGUCCGCGAGAACCGGGCAGAUCGCCUCGACGGUACGGAGGCCGGCCGACGGGUCCGCCAAACGACGAGACCACGCCUCCAGCACGGACUGCCGAGAUUGGAGCCCCCGCGCUCCGGCUGCACUUGCGCUAGGGCGCGCCGCCUCGUAGGAGACUGUGAGGUUAACCAUCACACGAGGACGUGUACAAUCAGGAAGGCCGUGUCGCAUUCGACACGUGAUUGCUGCAGCCAAUACGAGAUAUGGGACGCAAACGCCGUCCGUCGGCGCUCGAUGGGUCAACUAUUCACCGGCCGAGCGGAGCAACGUGCCGGUAGCUGCGUAACAUCGGGCAAUUUUGGUAAAUAAGAACAAUCUGGUGAGUCGUAUUAUUUUUAUUUGGAUUCGGGUGCCGAAUGCUCUCUUGUCAAGAAAUCUAUUAGUACUUAGUAGCUUCAUAACUCAUCAAUUUUAUACGAUGGUUCUCAUAAAAGGUUUCUGUUGUUUUGACUCAAAACUGUACGGAACAAAUCCUAUGCGAUGGUUUAUUGCUUACCUAUUGUAUGUCAUGUACUACCUGAUAGUUGUUUUAAUCGGUUCAGUGAGAUUGAGCAUUCAGCGAAAUAGAACACUUAAAUCUAGUGUCCUUAUUCGAAGCCCAGACUUGCGUUAUUGAUGACCAAGCUCGCGGUGAGCUCAUGGAAUUGUUCUUGACAAGAAGUGCUAGAAGCCGUACAUCUAUUUUAAAUUGUUCUACCAUAAGAAUAACAAAAGUGAGCCCCUUCGAAUUCUUAAUAGUUCGCGUGCCAUAUCCCUAAAGGUUUUUACUUAAAAUGAUACUGAAAGUAAGAGAUUAACUUUGACGAGACCAGAACAUUGGAAAGUUAGUAAAAUUUGAUGUUGAA